AGCGCACUGAGAGGGAGGCAAGCUGGAAAGUUGCUACUGAAGGGUAAUGUAGACCGCAUGCUAUGGAAAGGAAUGCCUGUGUCUUUGUAGGCACAUGGAAGAGUAAAUGAGGAAGAGGAGGAGGAGAAGGCAACACGCGGCGGUAGGAGGGAUCUAAGGCAGCCUGCAGCGUGGCUCUCUCUCAAUGAAAGCUCUCUACUCUUCUGCUUUGGCUGCUGCUGCAAGUGAGCACAUGUUCCACUCAAGCUAGGAGUAAACAUUUCGAUUUUUUCAAUCCAUUUUUUUGUGUGUCUGUGAAGAUUUUGGAUUCUAGCGAGAUUUUGAAGACCUCUCUGAAGUGAAGCUGGUCUGCAUUAUCCUCAUUGGACUGUGAUCACAUGACUUUUGUUGACACAUAGUUCUACUGUGAUGUGAGGAGGUUUUUUUGAGUCGCGGGCAGGUGUGAUGCUGGGUCCGUCUGCUUGAAAGACAAACUGCAAAGACCCUUAAAAACUAGAAAACACACCAAAUGGGGUCAUCAGUUUCUCAUCAGGGCUAACUUCCUGUGUCACACCUGUACUUAAAACAUUGUGUAAAAUGUAAUAGCUUUCUUCCGCUGGCGUUACUCCUAAACUUUUCUUGACAAGGUGGAUUUUUCACUGAUCUGUGAGAACUUUUCCUCCCUUCAGUCAUGAGCUUUGAGGUUUACAAUGUGCUCCUGACUGUCCAGCUAUUCCUACUCCAAACCUGGCAUGGAAGCAGUCAUCCCCAGUGUUUAGACUACAAGCCUCCAUUUGGCCCCCGGCAGCCCCUGGUCUUCUGUAAGGAGUACUCCAAGUUUGGGUGCUGUGACCUGGAGAAAGAUGAAGCCAUAUCACUCAAGUUCCACAGCAUCAUGGAGGGUUUCGACAAUUCCGGCUUUGCCACCUGCGGCAGGUACAUACGCAGCAUCCUGUGUCAGGAGUGCUCUCCUUAUGCAGCGCACCUGUUCGAUGCAGAGGAUGCCAACACGCCCAUGCGGCUGCUGCCUGGCCUGUGUAAAGACUACUGCCUGGACUAUUGGCGCCAGUGUCGCUACACCCUGAGCCUGCUGCUGGAGGAUCAGCGGAGCCCAAAUGAGCUCCAUCAGCUCUACAACAUGACAUCUGCGUUAGAGGAGGACAGCAAACUCUUCUGUGACUUCCUGGAACUCAAAGACCGGCAAUACUGCUACCCCAAUGUCCUGAGCAAUGAAGAGCUAAAUGCUAACCUGGGGUCUGUGCGGGAGGACCCUAAAGGCUGCCUGGAGCUGUGUUUGGAGGAGGUUGCUAACGGGCUGCGUAACCCCGUGGCUAUGAUUCACGCCGACGACGGCUCUCAUCGCUUCUUUGUGGCCGAACAGCUGGGUUAUGUGUGGGUCUACCUGCCCAACGGCUCCAGGAUCGAUCGACCUUUCCUCAACCUCACCCAGGCUGUGCUCACCUCACCCUGGGCUGGAGAUGAGAGGGGUUUCCUCUGCAUCGCCCUGCACCCAAGGUUUAGCACAGUGAAGAAAGCCUAUGUUUACUACUCUGUGUCAGUGAAGAAGGAGGAGAAAAUCCGAAUCAGUGAGUUCAUGCUUUCAGCCCAUGAUGACAACCAGCUGGACCACUCUUCUGAGAGGACUAUCCUUGAGGUAGUGGAACCAGCGUCCAAUCACAAUGGCGGCCAGCUUCUUUUUGGUCAUGACGGUUACCUGUACAUCUUCAUCGGUGACGGAGGCCGUGCUGGUGACCCUUUUGGAAAGUUUGGCAAUUCACAAAACAAGUCCGCGCUUCUUGGUAAAGUGCUCAGGAUCGAUGUGGAUAACAAUGAUGAUGGAGCGCCUUACAGCAUCCCGUCUGACAACCCUUUUGUGGGGGAGAAGAACUCUAAACCAGAAAUAUAUGCCUAUGGAGUCCGUAACAUGUGGCGUUGCUCCAUUGACCGCGGUGACCCAGUGACAGGCAGCGGCAGAGGCAGGAUGUUCUGUGGAGACGUGGGACAGAACAAAUUUGAGGAAGUGGACAUUAUAGAGAAAGGAGGGAACUAUGGCUGGAGAGCAAAAGAAGGCUUCAGCUGCUACGACCGCAAACUCUGUCAGAACUCAUCUCUGGACGACAUACUACCUAUCUUUGCAUACCCGCACAAACUGGGCAAAUCCGUGACGGGCGGGUACAUCUACCGGGGCUGUCAGAUGCCAAACCUCAAUGGACUCUACAUUUUUGGAGACUUUAUGAGCGGGCGUCUGAUGUCUUUGAAGGAAAAUACCCUGACUGGAGAAUGGCAGUAUAAUGAGAUUUGUAUGGGACGAGACCAAACCUGUCGCUUCCCCAAACUCAUCAACAGCUACUAUAAGUACAUCAUCUCCUUUGCCGAGGAUGAGGCAGGGGAGUUGUACUUCUUGGCCACAGGAUCUCCCAGCGCGACAGCCAGAGCAGGAGUCAUAUAUAAAGUAGUGGACCCAUCCAGGCGUGCACCUCCUGGAAAGUGCGGUGUAAAGCCUUCCCCUGUCAAGAUAAAAGGGAAACUUAUUCAUUUCUACCCUAAGGAAGAGUUUGUAAUCGACAAGAAACCGACCACGACUCCCGUCCCGACCACAACGAAGAGCACAACAACCACCACAAGAAGACCCCUUCCUCCCUUAAAACCCCCCAUCUUUAAACCCACUCCCCCGCGCCGGAAGCCCAAAUCGACCACUACCCCAACUACGACCAGGGCUCAGACCAAGAGUCCGACCCGAAAACCUACCACCGCCACCACUACCACCACCACCACAUUACCGCCAACUACUGCCACCCCAGCUGCUCCCCCCACCACCUCUCCUCCCCCUACCCUCACGUCCGCUGUCAGGACCGCCGUUCAGGCCUCAGACAGGGCAGGCCCCACCAUGACGCGGGGCGGAGGUGUGCUGACCACAGCCUCACCUAGGACUAGCCCCUUCAUCUCCACACCACCUGUGUCUGGGACAACCCCCCGGCCACCAUAUUGGAACCCAAAACCCACAUCAACUUUGCACAAAACUACCAGAACUUCAACAAACAGCACUCAGAUAUCACCCAAAGAGGACAAAGUACGACUUGGAGAGAAACUGGCCGACACUCGCGAGGGCAACCAGAUCCACAAAAAGCCCAGGCGCAGAGGACAAAAGAGGGGCAGGAAACUGCGUGCGGGUUCUGUGCGCCUCAUCAGUGCAAACGGCCUACCAGACAGAGGCAGAGUGGAGAUCUACAUCCGCGGCGAGUGGGGGUCAGUGUGUGAUGACCUCUUCACCAGAGCGGCUGGUACUGUGGUGUGCAGACAGCUGGGGUACAGCACUGCUCUGGUGGUCAUGAAAAGAGCCAUUUUGGGAGCAGCCGAGGACAAUGUUAAAAUCCAACUGGACAAUGUUGAGUGUUCGGGCAGUGAGUACUCACUACUUCAGUGCAAGAGGUCCAAAGUGGGAGAGCACAACUGCUCACACAAGGAGGACGUGGGGGUCAUCUGUGGCUACGGGACUUCUUAGUUACAAUUGGUUCUACAGUAUUUAGUUGACCUGUUACA